AUGUCAGAAAAUAGCAGCCCCGCAAAAUAUUUUCUAAGUGGUGGAUUUGGUGGCGUCUGCACAGUAUUAGCAGGACAUCCGAUGGAUACUGUUAAAGUGAGACUUCAAACGAUGCCUGUUCCACAACCUGGCGAAGUGGCCUUGUAUGGAGGAACUUGGGAUUGUUUCAGAAAAACUGUUCAAAGGGAAGGCUUCCGAGGCCUCUAUAAGGGUAUGUCAGCGCCUCUCACUGGCGUAGCGCCAAUUUUCGCUAUAAGUUUCUUAGGCUUUGGCAUUGGCAAAAAACUAGUGAAAAACAAAGAAGAAGAAGCCCUCACAAAAUCGCAGCUGUUUGCUGCUGGUGCAUUUUCAGGAAUAUUCACGACUUCUAUUAUGGCACCAGGUGAACGCAUUAAAUGCCUUUUACAGAUCCAGCAAGGAGGGAAUGUCCCACAAAAGUAUAGUGGUAUGGUUGAUUGUGCUAAGCAACUGUAUGCAGAAGGUGGUAUCAGGAGUAUAUACAAAGGCAGUGUUGCCACAAUUCUCAGAGAUGUGCCAGCUAGUGGCAUGUACUUUAUGACUUAUGAGUGGGUGAAAGAAGUUUUAGUUCCUGUGGAUGCUAGUGCCAAGAUGAAAGUAUUAGCCACCGUUGUGGCUGGUGGCUGUGCUGGCAUUGCCAAUUGGCUUGUUGCAAUGCCCGCUGAUGUAUUGAAGAGUAGGCUACAGACAGCCCCAGAAGGCACUUAUCCUAAUGGAAUGAGAGAUGUAUUUAAACAGCUAAUGGAGCGAGAGGGACCAACAGCUCUUUACAAGGGUGUAACACCAGUGAUGCUCCGAGCAUUCCCUGCCAAUGCUGCCUGUUUCAUGGGUUUUGAAAUUGCUGUUAAGUUUCUUGAUUGGGUGGCACCUAAUCUUUGA